CCACCAUGCAUGUCACAUGUCCACUAAUUAAUUGGCACUGGCACUCUGUAAAGGAUCUACAAUUUACUAAAACAACAUGGGAGUUGUUUUGGUCUCUAGCUUCUGCUUGCUCUGCCUUGCUGUAAGCACUGUGGCCAUACCUAAAGAAGGACAAUGGUCUGCUCAAGGAUGGACUAUAACUGGAAAGCCAUCUCCAGGGCAUGAGGUGAAGCUCACCUUUGCAAUCAAGCAGCACAACCCGGACUGGCUCAAGGACAAACUCAAAGCUGUGUCCUACCCAGACUCUCCACACUACACUGACUACAUGAACUUUGACGAGAUUGCUCAGUACGUGUAUGGAAAACCAGAAUCUGUUAAAGUCGUCACUGAAGCUUUGGAGUCGAUGGGAGCAAACAAAAUAGACUUUACUAUCGGACGAGAUUUCGUUGUCGCCUGGGUUCCUUUUGAAGCUGCCGAGAAGUUCUUUCAAGCAAAUUUCCUGGAGUUCAAACAUAAUGAAAUAUCUGGAUUGAAUAUCGUAUCAUCACUGUACUACACUGUACCUUUGAGUUUAAAGAAACACAUUGACUUUGUGUCGGGUUUCAUUAUCUUCCCAGGUUAUCCGUCCAAGCCCGUUGAAAAGAAACCAGUCGGCGGUGAUAAAUUAAUUAUCGUAACUCCUAAGAUCAUUGCUGAGAAGUACAACACAUCCGACUAUGUAUCUACAAACAAAAACAAUUCGCAGGCUGUGGCUGCUUUCCUAAAGCAAUAUUUCGAUCCAACUGAUUUGAAGAAGUUUCAGGAACUCUACAAACUUCCGGUGAAAGCGAUUGCAAAAGUUGUUGGGAAGAACGUUGACGACGAUCCUGGAGCUGAAGCCAACCUCGAUGUACAGUACAUCUCUGCCACAGGACGUAACGUGGACACCUGGUUUAUUUCGAUCUCCACCUACAAUGGAAAGCAAGAAGAUUUCCUCUCAUGGAUCACAGCACAAGUGAACACUACUGACUCUCCCUGGGUUCAUUCUGCAAGCUAUGGUGAUGAGGAGAACUCAAUCGAUGUGGACUAUGCAAAUCGAGUGGAUAAUGAAUUCAUGAAAUUUGGAAUUUCCGGACGAACCGUUUUAUUUGCUUCUGGCGACAGCGGUGCAGAUUGUGGUACUGGUGGCAAAUAUACUCCCGAAUGGCCAACAAGUAGUCCCUAUAUAACCGCUGUGGGGGGUACAACGAGCCUUACUUCCGUAUGGUCCGAAGGGGGUGGUGGUUUCUCGAAUGUCUUCCCAAUGCCUGAGUAUCAGAAAGCUGUAGUUGAAGCUUACCUAAAAGGCAAUGAUGUCCCUAAUAAAGAUCUUUUUAACACGUCUGGACGUGCUUAUCCUGAUGUUAGUGCGUUUUCAACGGACUUUAUCAUUAUCGAUGAUGGUAUUCCAGCACCUGUGUCUGGUACAAGUUGUGCUGCUCCCACAUUUGCUGGCAUUGUGGCUAGUCUGAAUGACGUUCUACUAAACAAAGGAAUGAAGACACUUGGUUUUCUGAAUCCUCUGCUGUACAUGCAACUCCAAGGCAAAGGCUUCUUUGAUGUGACGGAUGGUUCUAAUGGAGGCUUUGGCUGUAAGGGAUUUAACGCUGUUUCGGGAUGGGACCCUGCCUCUGGAUGGGGGAACCCAAACUUUGGACUGCUAAAGGACCUUGUGUAGUGUAUUGAGGUUGUAUAGUUAUAACUUCUACAUGAAUAGUAAUACAUGCAUUAUUUUGUUUACAUGAUCUCUUUGUAUUUUCAACAA